AUGGCUCUGAAUAGGAAAUAUGCUGCGCUACCAGACUUGGACUCGGCGCCCGACAUCUACGAGACUCCGGAGCUCACAGAUGACACAUCGACCGUGCCUUCACCAUCCGACCACGAAUUCGAAGAUGACGAGACGGACGCAGCCGGCAUCUCGCGGUCCAAGCUGCGGAUAGACCAGGCACGGUCGCGGUUCAUGCCCUCUCAGGUAGACGCCAAAGACGUUGACUUCUCAGACCGUGUCAAUGGGAAGCGCAAAUCAUACAAAGCUUCUUCUCGAAGACAGAGAAUCCUACAGGACGGCACCGAGGAGCUGGGAGACCUGAGCGACGAAGAUGAGGGCGAGAGCCUCGCCCGCAAGAUUGCCCGGCUAAAGCGAGAGAUCGAGGAGGCGAAAGAGGAAGUGGGCAAGCAGAAGGCUGCGGAGGAGAAGCAGCCAGAUGCCUCAGGCGAGGAGCAGGAGCAGGAGAUCGAGCUGGCUUCACUGAGCCAGGUGCUGGAUGAGAUUUCCAAACACCCAGAGGACUUGGCACAGGGCCUUGGUUUCCGUCCUACGAGGUUUGCGUCCCCGCCUGAGACGGGAGCCACGGGCAAUCACUCGCAGGGUGAGGCAGCUGAGAGCACGUCGGCUACUUACACCGUCACGUAUGCGCCCACGUACGAGCAGACGCACGCACUGGCCAAGGCUGCCGAUUUCGACCAACGCCUGGCGCUUCUGGAGAAGGCCAUCGGCAUUGGAUCGUCUGCCCUGCCGGGGCUUGACUCGAGCGGCCUGCCGCGUGCAAUCGUGCCAACGCUGGAGAAGAUACAGAAGCAGGUAUCGACCCUGUCGGACGCAUCCUCGUCCUCGCUCGAUACCAUCAGCCGGAAGGUCCGACAGUUGACACAAGAGGCCGAGCAACUGGAGAAGUCUCGGAGACAGGCGAAGCAGGCCAAGGACGCCCUGGCUUCUACAGGAGCAGGGGCAGCCUUGCCUGCCGACCCUGAUUCAGAAGAGGCCGAGCAGAUCACAAAGAUCAAUGCUCUCUACAGCACCCUGCCCACGAUCGAGAAUCUCACACCACUCCUCCCACCCUUACUGGACAGGCUGCGGUCACUAAGGGCGAUUCACGCAGAUGCAGCCACAGCCGGUGAGACACUGGACAGGAUUGAGAGGCGUCAGACAGACAUGGCGUCAGAUAUCAAGCAGUGGAGGGAAGGCCUGGAGAAGGUGGAGGCAGCAAUGAAGGAGGGCGAAUCGUCCAUGGGCAACAACAUGAAGGUAGUGGAGGGUUGGGUGAAGGAACUUGAAGAGAAGAUGGCCAAGUUGUCAUGA